AUUCGUCCAGGACCACACAGCACCCUCUCAUACCACACACCACACAUAUCAUCCUCCCGCUGCACACUCUCUUGUUCAACACCUCUUCACUUCCCCCAAACUCGAAUCCGAUCCCCAUCAAGCACAUUCAGGCCAUGUCCGACCAGUCAACACUCCUUCUGAAGCGCCAGCUCAAAGACCUGACUAAAAAUCCUGUUGAGGGCUUCUCGGCAGGUCUGGUUGACGACGACAACAUCUACGAGUGGGAGAUUGUUAUCAUGGGACCACAGGAUACGCUCUACGAGGGCGGUUUCUUCAGGGCCAUCAUGACAUUCCCGCCGGAUUAUCCUUUGAUGCCCCCAAAGCUGAAGUUUACGACCGAAAUGUAUCAUCCCAAUGUGUAUCCCAAUGGCGAUGUGUGCAUUUCUAUUUUGCACCCCCCUGGUGAGGACAAGUACGGAUACGAGCAGGCUAGUGAGCGCUGGUCACCCGUCCACACCGUGGAGACGAUUCUCAUCAGCGUCAUCUCGAUGCUCUCCAGCCCGAACGAUGAAAGCCCAGCCAACAUCGAGGCUGCAAAAGAAUGGCGCGACAGUUACCCAACAUUCAAGAAGAAAGUUCAGCGUCUUGCAAGGCGCUCUGCCGAGGAAUUCUAAGGACCUGAAUGGAUCGGAGGAACGGUGACCAUUUUUGCCAACUACAGAACAUAAUAAAGCGAAUGGUUGUGCAAAUUAGAGGCAUCAUAUGUUGUG